AUGUCACAAGAGGGCGAAGUUUUGGGAGGUUCUUCGAAGAAGCGGAAGCUGGGCGGGGCGGGAUCAGGCCCGGUUCUGAGUCCUCAGCCGCUGAGGCAGGUGAGAGCCCGGCAGAGCUGUAAGCAGUUUUGGAAGGCCGGGGAUUAUGAAGGAGCUCCUUGUAGCGAUGAUCAUACUUCUGCUGCUGGCGGGAUCGACCACGUUAGGGUUCAUCCCAGAUUUCUGCAUUCCAAUGCCACAAGUCACAAGUGGGCUCUCGGCGCUUUUGCCGAGCUUUUAGACAAUGCACUGGAUGAGGUUUGCAGUGGUGCUACUUACGUCAACGUCGAUGUGCUUGAAAACAAGAAGGAUGGAAGCAGAAUGUUGCUGAUCCAAGAUGAUGGCGGUGGUAUGGAUCCGAGCAAGAUGCGACACUGCAUGUCGUUGGGGUAUUCGGUGAAAAGCAAAAUUAGAGACACCAUAGGACAGUAUGGAAACGGUUUUAAGACGAGUACUAUGAGGCUAGGAGCAGAUGCGAUCGUGUUUUCACGCUGCGAAGGAAUACAUGGAAAAAAUGAUACGCGGAGCAUCGGAUUGCUGUCUUACACUUUCUUGAAGAGCACUGGAAAGGAAGACAUUGUAGUUCCCAUGCUUGAUUAUGAGAGAAGAGGAGGAGCUUGGCACAAAAUGUUUCGAUCCUCCGAAAGAGACUGGAAGAAAAAUAUCGAGACAAUCGUUCAGUGGUCGCCAUUUUCUAGCGAAGAAGAGCUGCAUUGUCAGCUCUUAACGAUUAAGGACCAUGGCACCCAAAUAAUCAUAUACAACCUUUGGGAGGACGACGAAGAUCAGUUGGAGCUUGAUUUUGACACCGACCCUCAUGAUAUUCAACUCAGAGGUGUCAAUCGGGACGAGACGAACAUACAAAUGGCUCAAGAUUAUCCCAACUCGCGAGUUUUCUUGACGUACCAGCACUCGUUGAGGAGCUAUGCAUCGAUUCUCUAUUUGCGGCUUCCUUCUAACUUUCGGAUCAUCCUUCGCGGGAAGGAAGUUGAGCACCACAACAUAGUGAAUGAUAUGAUGAUGUCCCAGCAAGUCACCUAUCGGCCAACCGGGGCUGACGGGAACCAAACAAGUGCAAAUGUGAUUGCUGCUGUCACCAUCGGGUUUGUAAAGGAUGCAAAAUCUCAUAUCGACGUUCAAGGGUUCAAUGUUUAUCACAAGAAUCGACUGAUUAAGCCGUUUUGGAGGCUUUGGAAUGCUGCAGGAAGCGACGGCAGGGGUGUUAUCGGUGUUUUGGAAGCUAAUUUUGUUGAACCAGCUCAUGAUAAGCAGGGGUUUGAGCGUACAACGGUUCUUUCGAGACUCGAGAAACGAUUGAUACAUAUGCAAAAGGAUUACUGGGGUUCUAACUGCCACAAAAUCGGGUAUGCUCGGCGACGUACUAAGAAGAUCAUCAACGACUCUGCAAAUCGUAAGGAGACUAGUCCUGAUCCUCCAUCUACCACGCCAUGCAGCAAGAAGAGACCAUUUUCGGGUCCUGAUUUACCCGCACUUCAGGGUGUUCGUUCAAGAGCUUCUGAAAGGAUCACCAGCAACAGAGUCCAAACCCCCAAGCAAUCUGGGACACUAGGAUCAUCAAGGUCUUAUGAACCAUCAGCACCACCUUCGCCCGCCAAUGUUCCAUCAUCAUUACCACCUUCGCCAGCCAAUGUUACCAAUGCAGAUGCAGACAUGCAUGUUUCCAUAUACUGA